CCGCCGCCGCCGCCGCCGCCGCCACAACCACGGAAAAAUGACCCUUAUGGUGGAUGGCCCCAGAAUUGGCAGCAGAAUGCUCCUCCACCAGCAGAUCAUGUGGUCAAAAUUCCUCCGCAUCCUCCACCACCACAUGCUUCUCGCCCUCCACAUUUGCCAGGCCAUUUUCCUCCUCCACCACCUCCUCCACCUAUGAUGAGCAGCAGUGGAGGUUCUGGGUCAAAUUAUUCUGGGUCUGAGAAUCCACUGCCUCCACCAUCGCCUGGUGUUGCCCUUGGCUUCUCAAAGAGCACCUUCACAUUUGAAGAAUUGGCAAUGGCAACAGAUGGCUUCUCUGAUGCUAAUCUUCUCGGGCAAGGUGGUUUUGGAUAUGUACACAGAGGAAUGCUUCCAAAUGGUAAAGAAGUCGCAGUCAAACAAUUAAAAUCUGGAAGCGGACAGGGUGAGCGUGAAUUCCAGGCAGAGGUUGAAAUUAUUAGUCGUGUGCAUCACAAACAUCUGGUUUCACUGGUUGGGUACUGCAUUGCUGGAGGCAAGAGGCUGCUUGUUUAUGAAUUUGUUCCAAACAAUACGUUGGAGUUCCAUUUGCAUGGGAAAGAUCGACCAGUCAUGGAUUGGCCCACAAGGCUAAAAAUUGCAUUGGGUUCUGCAAAGGGAUUGGCUUAUCUUCAUGAGGAUUGCCAUCCUAAGAUCAUUCACCGUGACAUCAAGGCAGCCAAUAUUCUUCUUGAUUAUAAAUUUGAGCCAAAGGCUUGCGAAGAUUGCUUCUGAUAACAACACCCAUGUUUCUACCAGAGUUAUGGGAACCUUUGGGUAUUUGGCACCAGAGUACGCAUCUUCUGGCAAGCUUACAGAAAGAUCAGAUGUCUUUUCCUUUGGAGUCAUGCUUCUUGAGCUAAUCACCGGACGACGACCGGUUGAUACAAGCCAAACUUUCAUGGACGAUAGCUUGGUUGACUGGGCACGACCUUUACUUUCACGGGCUCUCGAGGAUGGGAACUAUGAUGCCCUCAUUGAUCCACGAUUGGGAAAAAACUACAUUCCUAAUGAGAUGGCACGCAUGAUUGCUUGUGCUGCUGCUUGCGUGCGCCACUCAGCACGGCGUCGACCACGGAUGAGUCAGGUUGUCCGGGCCUUGGAAGGAGAUGUAUCUCUUGAGGACCUGAAUGAAGGCGUUAAACCAGGUCACAGCAGGUUUUUCGGUUCAUAUGGCAGCUCUGAUUAUGAUUCUGGGCAGUACAAUGAGGACAUGAAGAAGUUCAGGAAGAUGGCACUGGCAGCAACCAAGGACUACCCCAGCACUGAAUACAGUGCACCAACUAGUGAUUGUGGUCAGAACCCAUCAGCAUCAAGCAGUGAAGGCCAGCAUACACAAGAAAUGGAAAUGGGGAAGAUGAAGAAAGACAGCUAAGGUUUUCAGCAGUUGCUCGUGAAAAUUUCAACUGUUUUAUCUAUUGUAAAGUCCCACCUUAUUCCUACUUGACCACCCACCUUAUUUUCAUACUUGACUUUUUAUUUGAGAAAAGCAGUAUGUGCAUGGGCGGGAUAUAGGCUUUGGUAGUAUUAAUGUUGUCAUACAUGUAUGCUUUCUAUUCUUGCAAAAAUAAUGAAGAGCUAACUGAUUCUUUGACGUUGUUUAA